AUGAAGCUCACCUCAACUUUCCUAUUCGCAGCCAGUGCUUCGGCCCUCAUCGCUGAGAGGUCCCACGCACUGGCGCCAUACCUUCGUCCUGAUUCAGAGCAUCUUGUGCCAGAGGGAUAUAUAGUCCGUUUCCAGCCCAAUCAUACACUUGAAGAUCAUUUCGCCAACAUUGGUUUCGAUGUUCGCCAAUUCGCUUCUGUAUUUAUGGAGAUGCCAGUUUCGAAUGCCUAUCUCUUCGAACUAACUGAAUCCAACAAUUACAUCAUCCAUGACUUUAUUCGCCACGAUCCCGGGGUUUUGCGCAUCGAACAUGACGAAUAUCUCCACGAUGAGCAAAUUUUCCACAGAGAAGCUGCUCCACCACCACCAACGUACGCUGAGAAAGUUAAGAGAUGGAUCAAUUCCUUGAGAUCGCAAGGUCCGUGGAAUCAAGUCAUGAUCACUCUCGGGAAAACAAAUGACUUUGGAGGGGAAACAAACGUUGGAAGUUCCUUCUUUGCACAGUAUUCUUUUGUCGACAGUGGUGCAGGAGUGGAUGUUUAUGUGUUUGAUUCCGGUAUCAAGGUCGAGCAUGAGUCUUUCAAAGCUUUUGGUCGUCAGAUUGCUACACAUUUCAAAGGCAAGAAGACCUCUGAUACAUCGCCGUAUUGUGGAUCUGGCGUUGUUAUGGUAAGAACCUUUGUCGAAUUCUCUUAUCAUUCCUUGUUGGAUCUGGCUUCUAAUUACUUCCUCUAGGACGACUUGUUGGGACACGGUACUCAUGUAGCAGGCAUUAUCUGUAAUAGAGAUGGAGGGGCCGUACACAAGGCAAACUUGAUAAAUGUCAAGGUCCAAAAAUGCGGCGGGAGUAUUGGAAAAGUCGAGACUGCUGUCAAUGAUGUUGUCACUGCGCACAAUAACAACAAGAGCAAGCCACCUAGUGAAUGGAAGGGCUCUGUCAUCAACAUGUCCAUUGGAUUUACGAUUCUAAACUUUCAGGGGCUUCAAGAUGCCUUGAAUGCAGCGAACAAUGCUGGAAUUCACAUUGCGGCAGCCGCUGGCAACCAAAGACAAGAUUGGCUUGAGAUUCCGGCAAGGUACGUCUAGCUCCAGUUCAAUUAUAGGUAGUAACCUUACUGACGAAAAGGAACUAGAUUCGCAUCCACCUUCAGUGUUGGGGCUGUCGAUAUUGACUACAACCGGUGGACUGGAGGCUACGCAGGGAUCAGGGGGUCCAAUUACCACAAGAAACUCAAUAUCUAG